AUUUCAGAAUGGCGUCUACCAGUGGAGCAGGAGCUAAAAGGAGUCGGGCAUCAGCGGAGCAGCUCAACGUGAUGAUCGACCUUCUCACGGAGAACGAAAGGCUUACGUCUGGAAAGUUCCAGCGUCUCCACGGAAAGCUGGAGUACCAAAAGAAGUGGGCGGAAAUGGCACAAAAGCUCAACGCAAUAGGAGGAGCUGUAAAGUCUGUGGAACAAUGGCAUUCGGUCUGGCGCGACUUAAAAAGCCGUACAAGCGUACGUGUACGUGACCGGAAGAGGAAGCAGGCUCUAACAGGCAACAGGCCCAUCGAGCAGCAACCUUUAACGGAGAUGGAGAGGCGGGUAAUUGAUCUGAUUGGGAUCAACUACAUCGAGGGUCACGAAGUUGAAAGUGUCUAUUAAAAAUCGUAGAAUUUUCCUUAAUUUUGUUAAUU